AUGCGAGCAUGCCACAGAAGAUGAGCGGAGAUACAAAGCCGGAUAUGAAGCAAGACGUGAUGAAGAGCAGCCAGGUGGUUUAGUCCAUUUACUCAUUGCAUUCAUUAGUCCGGGUAAUUUCAUAGAUGCGCACGCGGGUGUUACAUGCCAUCAAGCGAGGUUUAGAUUACAGCAUGAAACACCUUUUGUCCUGAAUAUGAUGUCGAAAUCCAAGAUCCUGCAAUAGCGGAGGCUGAGGAGGAACCGGAUUGACGGGACGCAUGAAUUAAACAAUCAGCAACAUCUCACGUCCCCCCCCCCCCCGGCCCCCCUUAAUGUGCUCUAACGGAGGUGUGUGGAGGAGAGAGCGAUUCGAGCCCGCAGCCGAUGCCCGGAGAAAACAGCAGCCUGUGUGCAGGCAGCUGUGGACGACAGGAAGGUGGUACCCAAGUGUCGGUGUUUAUUAUCUGGGAUCUGACUCCGGAGGCGCGUCGCUGAGGUAUGGGCUGCGCUCCCAGUAUCCACGUCUCUCAGAGCGGGGUGAUCUACUGCCGAGACUCAGACGAAUCCAACUCCCCCCACCAGACCACCACCAUCUCUCAGGGCACCGCGGCCACGCUACACGGGCUCUUCAUCAAGACCGAUGCGGCCGAGACCAUCCCCUCCGUCAUCACCUACCAGAGCCGCCACUCGCGCAACAACUCGUGCCGGGAUCGUAAGGAGAACAGCGGGGGACACAUCCGCAUCGAGGCCGAGACGCAGACCAGCCACACCAGCGUCAAGGUUUCAGCUACAGAAGAAUGUGUAGGACCCAUGAAGCUGACUCAAGAGCCCAUUCAGGUCCUGCUGGUGUUCGCCAAGGAGGACAGCCAGAGCGAUGCCUUCUGGUGGGCCUGCGACCGCGCUGGGUUCAGGUGUAACAUCGCACGGACGCCCGAUUCUGCCGUGGAGUGUUUCCUGGACAAGCACCAUGAGAUCAUAGUCAUCGAUGGACGCCACUCGCGCUACUUUGAGCCUGAAGCUGUCUGCAGGUUGAUUCGCGCCACAAAGCCCUCCGAAAACACAGUUAUUCUGGCUGUCCUGCCACAGAAACCGGCUGACCAGGACGAGCCAUCUGUUCUUCCUCUCCUCUGUGCCGGAUUUAGCAGAAGGUUUGUGGAGAACAGCAAUGUGUCGGCCUGCUAUAAUGAGCUCAUACAGAUUGAACAUGGAGAAGUGCGCUGCCAGUUCAAACUCAGAGCUUGUAACUCUGCCUUCACUGCUUUGGAGCACUGCCAAGAGGCUGUGGAGAUCACCAGUGAGGACCACAUAAUACAGUACGUGAACCCAGCGUUUGAGCGGAUGAUGGGCUACCACAAGGGGGAGUUGAUCGGGAAGGAACUGACCGAACUUCCCAAGAGCGACAAGAACAGAGCGGACCUGCUGGACACCAUAAACACCUGUAUCAAAAAAGGAAAGGAAUGGCAGGGCAUUUACUAUGCCAGAAAGAAGUCCGGCGACAGCAUACAACAACAUGUGAAGAUAACACCCGUCAUCGGUCAAGGAGGGAAGAUUCGACAUUUUGUAGCCAUCAAGAGACCUCAUAUUGACAACAAUAACCAGGUCCACAAGUUCAACAAGGAGGAGAGAUGCAGCGGGGAACAUUCUCAGUCAGAGUGCCAUUCUCUACGUCACCGCGACAGGAGGAAAGAUUCGAUCGAUGCCAGAUCGAUCAGCUCUCGCAGUAGUGAUGCUCCCAGUUUGCAGAAUCGAAGAUAUUCGUCCGUGGCCAGGAUUCACUCCAUGACUAUCGAGGCUCCAAUCACAAAGGUAAUAAACAUCAUCAAUGCGGCGCAGGAGAGCAGUCCGGUCCCGGUGGCCGAGGCUCUGGAUCGGGUGUUGGAGAUCCUGAGAACCACCGAGCUGUACUCCCCUCAGCUCGCCUCCAAAGAAGAUGACCCCCACACCAACGACCUGGUUGGGGGGCUAAUGAGUGAUGGACUGCGGAGACUCUCCGGGAACGAAUACGUCUUCUGCAAAAAUAUGAGCCAGAGCCAGCUGGCCAUCCCAGUCACUCUGAAUGACGUCCCUCCACCCAUCGCCGAGAUGCUGAAUGAUGAGGAGUGCUGGGAGUUCAACAUCCUGGAGCUGGAGGUGGCUACACACAAGAGACCGCUGACUUACCUUGGGCUGAAGAUCUUCACGAGUUUCGGAGUGUGCGAGUUCCUGAGCUGCUCGGAGGCCACGCUGCGCUCCUGGCUGCAGCUCAUCGAGGCCAGCUACCACUCCUCCAACUCCUACCACAACUCCACGCAUGCCGCAGACGUGCUGCACGCCACCGACUUCCUGCGCAAAGAGAGCGUCAAGAGUAGUCUGGACCAGCUGGAUGAGGUGGCGGCACUGAUCGCGGCCACGGUGCACGACGUGGACCACCCGGGCAGGACCAACUCCUUCUUGUGCAACGCCGGCAGCGAACUGGCGAUCCUCUACAACGACACCGCCGUGCUGGAGAGCCACCACGCAGCCCUCGCCUUCCAGCUCACCGUCCGAGACAGCAAGAGCAACAUCUUCAAGAACACAGAGCGGAAUCAGUUCCGAACACUGCGACAGGCAAUCAUUGACAUGGUGCUGGCCACAGAGAUGACCAGACACUUUGAGCACGUCAGCAAGUUCGUCAACAGCAUCAACAAGCCGAUGGCUGCCAUCGAAGAGACCAGCACAAGUAGUAUGAACAGCGACUGUGAGGCCAACAUCAGGAACUCUCCAGAGAACCGUCUGCUGAUCAAGAGGAUGUUGAUCAAGUGUGCAGAUGUGGCAAACCCCUGCAGACCUCUGGAGCUCUGCAUCGAGUGGGCUGGACGGAUCUCUGAGGAGUACUUUGCACAGACGGAUGAGGAGAAGAGACAAGGGCUGCCGGUGGUGAUGCCCGUGUUUGACAGGAACACCUGCAGCGUGCCCAAAUCUCAGAUCUCCUUCAUAGACUACUUCAUCACUGAUAUGUUUGACGCCUGGGAUGCCUUCGCCAGCCUGCCUGGUCUCAUGGAACACCUGUCGGAGAAUUACAAUUACUGGAAGGGCUUGGACGAGAUGAAGUGCAAGAGCCUGCGUCCUCCCCCUCCUUCUUGACCGACACCUCGUCGCCUCCUCUCAUCCAUCACUCCGAGCAGGGUCGGACAGCGAGCGCAGCCCUGCGGUGGAACAAUUAGUCUCUUCAGCUGUGAUUCGACGGAGCUCUGUGCCCUCCCGGGCACCCCUAGACACGUUCGCGGCCCGAAGCUGGGCGAUCGGGGACUCUGAGAGCAGACAUCACUGACUGACGAACACUGAGACGCUGUUUCGAUCUCAAAUCACAGCCUCUUCUCUUGUGUGGUUCUUGGUGGUGGGGUUCUUCCAGUGGAGAACAGGUUGUCAUUUGAGGGCCCCGUCGACUUUAUGGCUCUGUUAAGUAUUCCUAAUAGCACCUCUAUGAAACUGCGUGGACCUGACAAUCUGUACCAUACAGUGUAACACACCAGAAACCUGCACUUUAGCUAAUCGAGACAUUCUCAUGUUGAGCAUCCUCUUGCUUCUCACUGUUGUUUUAAUUUCCUUUGUCUGUCUAUUGAUGUGAAAGAAACGUGGUGACCAAAGCUAGAGGCACUGAAGUGCUCCUUCCUUUCAAAUUGCCAACUUGUGAAGGUGCUCAGCUGGACGCUACAGUACGAGAGACACUGACUUGUGUCUGGGACCAAAACACACAUUUAAGAAUUGGGAGAUCCAGAGACAGUUAGCCAAGUACCAGGGUCCAAUCAGAGGUCCAAUCAGAGGGCAGAAGCAGCCAGCCCACAGGUUUUCUAAAUGUCCAGGCCCGUACACAGAGCUGACGUGGAAGAAGGGCUUCCUAUGUGAUUAGUUCCUGAUUUAAAGGCCACGUAUCUUUCGUUUUGGUAUCUUCGUAAAUCUUUUGUCAAAUGGAGGAACAUUAUUGCACUGUAUCAGAGCCGUUAAAACGUUAGCUGUGAUGCUUUUAUCGAGUAAUAUAAAAAUACAUGCAUAGCUUUGUGACACCAACUGUAGACAUUUGCACGCAAAUAAGGAGAAACAAAUCUGACUUGUGAGCAUCUGAACAAUAUUCUCUGCAUGUGAAGCAACGCAGACUGUUGGGACGGUGCGCAAAUCCUGUUGGGGGCCACGCAACACUAAUGUACAAGUAGCGAGUCGCUGCGUCGGACCUCACAGUGACCCGACACAUGUGUGAACCAGAUCAUAUUUGGGAUCCAGCUUGUAUAAACAGCAGCUGCAGCGCCCGUCUGCUUCCAACACUAAUCAGCUCUCACGUGGGUUUUGUUAAAACCAGUUUUACUGUAUCUCAAAAAUCCUGCAACUCAGAAAACUAGUCUGCACAUGACUAGAAAUAAGAAAUAAGACUCAGAUCAUGAGAUGUGCGUGAUGUGUCUGCCCUCUGGUGGCUACAUGGGGGGCGCUGCAGUAGUGGUAACACUAAAUAUGUGUGUGUGGUGAAUCAUUUGUUAGAUUAAUUAUCACCCCCAAUGUGACUGGGAAUAGAAAACACGAUUAUUCGGCUUUAAUAUUUGAGAUUUGAACCAGUAUUACCUCUUAGUUAAUGCUUCUGUGCAUCUUUCAGAGCACUUUCCUUCAAUUUUAACACACAUGAAGCACAAUGAACCUGAUAUUUUAUAAGAAAAUUGGAUUAGAAAUCAAAAUAGUUAUUAAAUCUGCAGAUAUCCAUAAACUAUCUGAGCUGCUUUGGGGAAAUUGUGUAACGUCAUUAUUAUUAUUAUUAUUAUUAUUCUAGUCGCAGAUGACCGUGUUAACCAAAAGGCACAGAGAGCUCUUAACUGGUGCCUUAUUCUUUGGUCAUCUUCACACAAACAGAAGUAUUUUUAGUUUCAAUAUUUCUUCCUCUCCUCAAAAAAAAAAAGCCAUACAUGUUUGAAAAAAUAAAUAUGACCUCAGAUAUGUUGCUUUAUGGUUCGUGCUGCAGUUUCGCGUCCACUUGGUGAGUCGGUGUUAAUAGUUGCGUCACACUUCAUCCUCUCUGUCGGGGAAGUUGGAUCAGAUGUGAACUCCACUGUUGGUUUGUCAGCUUCACUUUAAAAACAGACAGUUCAGUGUAUUCAGAAUAAUAAUGUGCAGUCUUUUAUUGAUGACCACGGUCUUAAUCAAACGCCUUAAUCUCGUCAUGUCUGUGUUUAGUUCUUGCUAUUGUUGCAAUACACUGUAAAACUACCUUCUGUACCUGCUGUUCUUGUACAUACUCACCCACUAUAUCGUUUUUUGCUUUUGCAUUUUACAUCAUUUGUUUGUAUGUGUUUGCAGGGGUGACUUUUAAUUUGACUUGAAAUGUGGCUCCACCUCUGAAUGUUUCAUGACUGCCAUGUCUGAUUACGAGAAGAUAUUUUUGCUAGUCGAUAAUGAAGAUUUCUAUUCAGAAAAAUACGAUUUAAAUACUUCACAUGUGAGACAAACAUGCCUUUUUCUGUGAGUGCGACGGCAUCAAUGCGAUCAGAUGACGCCGAGGCACGUCACGUGCUCGUUAUGUAAGGAUAAGCCUUCAUCACUGACGGUGAUUUAUAUUUCCUCUCUCUUCCAUCUCGGUGGCCGUGGCUGCGUGCCAAUCCUGUGUUGUUUUCUAUCAUUUAUAAACCACAAUUAGAAAGUGAUAAUGUUGUGUACAGCCAGAAUUAUUUUUCAAAGACAAAUUGAAGAUGCGAGAACUGUAAUGUGUGUUUUGAAAGAUUUUACUGCCUCAUGCAUAGUUAGUCACUUAAAAUCUACCAUGUUUGUUUGAAGCGUUUCAUUUAGUUUGCUGUCUGGAUUAUGAUGUCUUAUUUUGAUGUUCUCUGUCUUGUGAGAGACGAUUAAAGCAUUCUUUAAAUAUGAA